UCAAAAGUAACGGUAGCGUUAGAGACUCAAAAAUUGAGGUUAGAUACGCGACAGAGCACAUCUGUUAAAAUUUGCGUGCAUUUAGCACAUUUUUAUAUAAAAUUAUAUAUUUUUCUUUGCCAGCAUUAAAGCACUUGACUCUGAAUACGUUCAAAUAAAGAAAAAUCCCAACAAAAAUUUAUAUUACCAUUAGGUGAAAGAGUGGUCCAAAACGUGUGCAAUAACGGGAAAAUGAAAUACAAAACAAUGCUGUUAUAUUUUUUAAUUAUUUGUGCGACAGAAUUUUUAAUUGUGAAUUAUGGCAGCUAUGCUGCGGGCAUAAUAAACAUAACAACAACAAAAAAUGACGCUGAUAUAGCCAUAGGACCGGUGAAGUCACAUACAACCUACGAAACAACAAAUUAUGAUACACCAACAACAAUAUUAAAGGCAGAAACAGCGAUGGAAAAUGUGUUAAGCAUAAUAAAAGGGCAAAAGCCGUCAACCACAGAAACUUCGGCGCGCAAAGUAGCCAAAGCAACCACCUCCAACCCCAGCACCCUUGUACAAAAACAAGCUGCUGAAAUCGCGCUAAGCUCAUUGACCCGCGAAGCGCGUACUUUGCGCCGGUUAUUUCCACUUUUACGUAAUGCCACAGCUGCACCGGGUCUCUUCGGCGACAAUGGAUUGCUGCCUCUGCUCUUGACCAAUUUACUAUCUAACGAUAAUGUUGGUGUAAUUGCGGCGGGUUUAAUAAGUGCUUUACGCGAUAGGGUGACAACAACAGCAGCAACUACAGCUGCAGCAACAGGAACAACGCCAGUAAAUAAUACAACCAAUAAUUUUUAUAGCACUCCAAAUUAUCCUUAUUAUUAUGGCGGACAAAACUAUUAUGCGCCUUAUGGUUACUAUUAUGGCUAAUUCGGUUAUAUUUUGAUUGUAUCAAUAAAAGUUUUCCGCUCAAACAUUCUU